GAGCGGUUCCAGCUGCUGGGGGAGGAUGGGCAGGUGCAGGCUGAGUAUCGUGAUGGCCUGCUGGUGCAGCAGGAAGAGGAGAGGCAGACGGCAUGCCAGCAACAGGUGGCACAUCGCUCGGGCAGCAGGGGCAGCAGCGAAUGCAACCAGCGCCGGGCUGUUGAGGUGUCUGCCCCUUGCCAGAAGCUGAGCGGGCAGGGGCAGGCAGUGAGCACGGCCGCUGUUGCUGCCGCAAGCGGGCUGAGGCUGCUUCGCCAGCAGCAGGCAGCAUUAGCCCACCGCAUCCACUGCCAGGGGCCAGGAGCAGCGUGCCAGCAAACGGCUGCGGCGGCCUGCUGCAAAAUGGCAGCAACAGCCUGCAGCCAAGAGACAACGGCAGGGGAUUGCUGAGCCGGGUGCUGGGCGAGAGUAAAUGAUCUGCAGCGGAGGGCUUCGUUGCAGGGGCCUCAGUGUCAUGCAUCCGUCACCCGCGGGGCAGGCACAGGCUACACCAGAGCGGCAGCAGCAGAAGCAGCCUGCUGCCACGCGCCAGACCUGUGAAGCUCGAGGCGUGCCCAGCGGAGAGCUUGGUGAGCCAGCGCUGGCUGGACUGCCCUAAAGGGUGGCCUCUUAUUCUUUUGCACUCCCAUUGAUUGUGGGCACACACACAUUCAAAAUGUAAAUAUUCUCUAUGCUA